GAGCCAAGAAUAUUUCCCAUCAUUCCACCAUGAUGGCUACACCCAGGACACUGUUGCCAUGUCUUUGGCUUCUUAUGCUUUCCGUGAAAACAUGCUUAGCUCAAGAGACUUCAUCACCACCACCAUCACCACCACCAGGAUGUGGCAAGGACUUGAACUCCAUCUACUACAACCUCUGUGACCUAUCUGUCGCCUGGGGCAUUGUGUUAGAAGCCGUGGCCAGCUUUGGUGUUGUUAUCAGCUUUGUCCUCACUGUGGUCCUAGUGGCCAGUCUGCCUUUUAUCCAAGACUAUCGGAAGAAGAGCUUAAUAGGGACUCAAGCUUUCUUUCUGUUGGGCACUUUAGGGCUUUUCUGCUUGACCUUUGCUUUCAUUGUCAAGCAAGACUUCUCAACAUGUGCUUCACGACGUUUCCUCUUUGGUGUCCUCUUUGCUAUCUGCUUCUCCUGCCUGGCUGCCCAUAGCCUCAGUCUCAAUUUCUUUGCACGGCAAAACACUGGGCCUCGGGGAUGGGUCACCUUUGGCAUGGCUUUGGUUCUCGUCUUGGUUGAAGUCAUCAUCAACACUGAGUGGCUCAUUAUCACUGUGGUGAGGAAUGAUGGUACUGCCAAGGAUCCUUGUGAACUGAAGAACGAAGACUUUGUCAUGGCACUCAUCUACGUAAUGUUCCUGCAAGUAGCUACUUUUAUUGCUACUUGGCCGGUCUUGUGUGGACAUUACAAGCACUGGAGAAAGCACGCCGUUUUCAUUCUCCUCACAACUUCCUUUUCCAUGGCCAUCUGGAUAGUAUGGAUUGUUAUGUAUGUUUAUGGCAACCGGCAGGACCAGAGAUCAACUUGGGAUGACCCCACAUUGGCUAUUGCUCUUGUCUCCAAUGCAACGGUUUUUGUUUUGUUUUAUGUCAUUCCUGAGAUUUCUCAGGUGAUCAAGCCGGGACCAGAGCAGGCCUAUGAGGAUGAUGUCUACCCCACACGGGGGGUUGGCUACGAAACAAUCCUCAAGGAGCAGAAAUCCCAAAGCAUGUUCGUAGAGAACAAAGCUUUCUCAAUGGAUGAACCUUCUUCAGCUAAAAAGCCUGUGUCCCCGUACAGCGGAUACAAUGGGCAGCUUCUGACAACUGUCUAUCAGCCCACAGAGAUGACUUUAAUGCACACUGGGCCUCUGGAUGCCCCUUACGAUGUCAUCCUCCCUCGUGCUACGGCCAACAGCCAAGCGAUGGGCAGUGCCAAUUCUACCCUGCGUGCUGAUGAUGCUUAUGUUUCACAGAGUAAGCAGGCAUCGGCUCAGAAAGAUGGAAGGAACGGGCAGAUGAGCGAAAUGGCUUCAUCUCCAUAUAGCAAGCACAGAUGGUAGAAGUUUUGAGUCCUGAUCUCCACACAUCCUGUUCCUUGAGGAUGCCUUGCAAAGCCUGCCUCCACAAAGAAGCAUCUAACUGAGGCAAGGCCUCAGAUAGACAUGGAGAUGUCAUCUUGGGAACUGAGAAGAUUUCAUCUUGGUUGCUGAGGCAAUGUGUUUCU